AAAAAUUUUUCAACACCCGACGUUGUUAUUGUGCUCGCCUGCGUACAAUUGUUUGGUUCAUAUAUAAGCGUAAAGUGAGAUUAGGCGCAUGUGUUUUAGCGUAAUUGUUGUAGUUAAAUAAAUGUUGGAUACAUAUAAUGCGCUAAGUGUCGCGUUUACACAACAAGCACACAAUAGCAGUUGAAACGGAAGAAAAAAAGUCGCGUAUAACUAUGUCAUUUGUUGGCGGCGGGGUGGUGGGUGGCACCGAUGUGCAUAAAUUUGUUGAGGCCCUGCAGGCAGACUUCAAGACGCUCUCACUUGAAACCAAGAAGAAGUACCCGCAAAUAAAAGAGGCAUGCGAGGAGGCAAUCUCCAAAUUAUGCACCGCCGGCAGCAGCCAACAAAAUUCUGUUUACUACACCGUCAAUCAGAUACUCUAUCCGCUCGUGCAAGGCUGCGAAACAAAAGACUUGAAAAUUAUCAAGUUCUGCCUAGGCAUGAUGCAACGUCUGAUUACACAGCAGGUAGUCGAUCAGAAGGGCGCUUUGUAUAUCACAAAUGCAUUAUGGACACUGAUGGAGCACAAUAUAGAGGAAGUGAAGGUGCUGCAAACGGUGACGUUGCUACUGACGACCAAUCUGGUGGUACAUGGCGACACGCUGGCCAAGGCUCUGGUCUUGUGCUUUCGCUUGCACUAUACCAAGAACCCAACGAUUGUGAAUACAGCAGGUGCAACCAUACGGCAGCUGGUCUCAUUGGUCUUUGAGCGCGUUUAUCUGGAGAAAGAUUCAGUGCACAGUCUGCAGCCACAACAGCAACAGGCGCCACCGCAGCACUCUAGUUCGAAUAGUCCCGACACCGAUGCGAAUAGCAGCACCCAGGAUGGGCAAACUUUUGCAACGGAUGCAUUUCAUCUGUUUCAGGAUCUGGUGCAGCUGGUCAAUGCGGAGCAACCGUUCUGGCUGCUGGGAAUGACCGAAAUGACGCGAACCUUUGGGCUCGAGCUGUUAGAAGCAGUCCUAAGCAACUUUAGCGCUGUAUUUCAUGAGAAUCAAGAGUUUCGCUUGCUCUUGAAGGAACGGGUGUGUGCUUUGGUCAUUAAACUAUUCUCGCCCAAUGUCAAGCAUCGCCAAUUGCCAGCGCCGAGCAAUGGCACAGCGGCUGUGCCCGUGGACAAGCCACUAUUUCCCAUAAGCAUGCGUUUGCUUCGCUUGGUGGCCAUAUUGAUACAAAAGUAUCAUACAAUAUUAGUUACUGAGUGCGAGAUCUUUUUGUCGCUGAUCAUUAAAUUCUUGGAUCCCGACAAGCCCCAUUGGCAGCGUGCAUUAGCGCUGGAGGUGAUUCACAAGCUGGUAACACGAUCCACGUUGAUUGCUUUCUUCUGCAAAUCGUAUGAUUUGAAGAAUCACGCAACGCAUAUUGUCCACGACAUGAUUGCCGCCAUGGGUAGCUAUGUGCGUUACUCACUGAUCAAUGCAUCAGCAGUGUUGAGCAAUGGUGGACAGCAAGCAAUUGGAGCGUCCGGACAGCAGCCAAGUACAUUGACGGCAUUGUCUAGUGGAGGGAACAAUCAGUGCGGCUUUUUGUUUCGCGGCGCCUAUCUGCCUUUGGUCGCCAGCUUUGCGCCCGGCUUACCAAAGGCUGUCUAUUUGGAAAUGUUGGACAAACUGGAUGCGCCCAACAUACCCGAUAGCUAUGGCAUUUCUGUGGCCUAUGCCAUUCUGUUGGAUAUAACCCGUUCCAUUGGCGGAGUUAUUCAGCGCACACCGGAACUGCAUCCCACACACAAUAUGGCCAUUAUUACGGACGAGGAGUAUAAGCCGUUGUGUUUGCAAUUGAUCAAUUCCAGCUGGUCUGGACUGCUAAGCGCAUUCAUUCCGCUGGUGGAAACGUCCAUCGAUGAGGGCACCACCGAGAAUAUUUUGAAAGCCAUGCAGAACUAUGCGGCGCUUUGUGGCAUGUUGCAGCAGCUUCAGCCACGCGAUGCAUUUAUAAUGGCCAUGUGUCGCGCCUCCUUUCCGCCACACUAUGCCGUAUCCAUAUUUGCCAAUAGCGCACAGCCAGACGUUGACCUCAGAUGCCACACGCGCAGCGGCAGUCAGGAUCUGAGCAGUCAAUUUAUUAACAGCUGCAACGCUGAUAGCGGCGACUUUCGACCACAGAUUGUGGCAGUUGGCACUCCGUUGCCCAGCGCCUCGUUGCCGCACAGUGUGAUGCAGGCUCCAGUAAUGUUGACCAACAAGAAUCUUCAAUGCAUGCGUGCGAUUCUUUUGCUGGCACACAACAAUGGCAGUAUUUUGGGCACGUCAUGGCACAUUGUGCUGCAGACGCUGCAGCAUUUGGUAUGGAUAUUGGGCUUGAAGCCCUCGACGGGCGGCAGCUUGCAGGCAAUGCCCAAGCCUGCCGUGGAAGCCAACGUGGGCAUACAGACGGCCGUAAUGGCUGACUUGCCUGUGCUGUCGCAAAUGAUUGGGCAACUGUUCGAAUCGAGUCAGUGUCUAGAUGAUGUCGCCCUGCAUCAUCUUAUUGAUGCACUGUGUAAACUCUCCCACGAGGCCAUGGAGCUGGCCUAUGCCAAUCGUGAGCCGUCGCUCUUUGCUGUUGCCAAGCUGAUGGAAACCGGACUGGUGAAUAUGCCACGCAUCGAGGUGCUCUGGCGACCGCUUACCAAUCACCUGCUCGAGGUUUGCCAGCAUCGGCAUAUACGCAUGCGCGAAUGGGGCGUUGAGGCUAUAACUUAUCUGGUUAAAUCAGCGCUGCAAUUCAAGCACAAACAGCCUCUCAAAGAGAACUUGGAAUUGCAAACCAUGUUGCUAAGUCCACUCUCUGAGCUGUCCACUGUUAUGCAUGCGGAUGUACGUCAGCGCCAAUUGGAUUGUGUGCUCCAGAUUCUGAAUACAGCUGGAGAGAUAUUGUCAUUUGGCUGGCCUGCUAUAAUCGAGAUAAUUGGCGCUGUUAAUGAUCACCACGGAGAGCCGCUGAUACGCACUGCCUUUCAAUGCCUGCAGCUCGUCAUUACCGACUUUCUGACGGUCAUGCCCUGGCGUUGUCUGCCUCUAUGCAUCAGCACAGCAGCGAAAUUUGGUUCCCAGACACAGGAGCUCAAUAUUUCAUUGACGGCCAUUGGACUCAUGUGGAAUAUCUCCGACUUUUUCAAUCAAAACCAGGAUAAACUGAUGUCAACACAGCUUGAGGAUGUGGCCAUACUGCCCGACUUUCCAGGCACUCUGAAAAUGCCACAGUUUGACAAACUGUGGAUGUGCCUGUACGCCAAGCUGGGCGAGCUGUGCGUGGAUUUACGGCCAGCGGUGCGCAAGUCAGCGGGGCAAACGCUCUUCUCCACAAUUGCAGCGCAUGGUACUCUGCUUAACCCACCCACCUGGCAGGCUUUGGUGUGGCAGGUGCUCUUCCCAUUGCUGGACAACGUGCGUGCACUAAGCAGUUCGGCCAGCAACGAGAAGGUGGAUGCCAGUGGAAAUAUUCUGAUACACCAUUCCCGUAACACGGCCCAAAAGCAGUGGGCCGAAACGCAGGUGUUAACCCUGUCUGGCGUUUGUCGAGUGUUCAACACCAAGCGUGAGCUGCUUCAAGUGCUGGGGGAUUUCGAACGUGCUUGGUCGCUAAUACUGGAGUUCAUUCAAAAUGCGGCGUUGAGCAAGAAUGGUGAAGUUUCUCUGGCGGCACUCAAGUCGUUGCAGGAGAUUAUGUACCAUAACAGCACGGACCGUGGCCUCAAGGAGGGCCAGUCAGCACAGCAGCAGGAUGAAGAGAUCUGGAAUAUUGCCUGGAACAUAUGGCUCAGCAUUGGUAUGGAGAGCACCAAAAUGUCAGCGACUUCGAGAUACCUGCCCGGCGUGGGUGGCAGUGGCGAUAGCCAGGAGGACUUUUACAUACCAAGUCAGGCAUUUCUCACGGCACUUAUACAAAUCUUUCCCGCUAUUUUUCAGCAUAUUCAAAGCAGAUUCAGCGCAUCGGACUUUGACAAGUUCUGCACUGUGCUGACCAAUGCUGUCUGCAUACCCGUCCAAACGGAUGCCGUUCCUUACAUCAUGUCCACUGUGUCGGAUACUUUGCUGACCCCGCUGCAUGAUGGCAUACUGGAGUGCAUGGAGCUGAUACAAAAGGAGGCCAUUAGGCAGGAUGUUGACUCUGACUCGAGCAUACGCCAAUUGAUACCCGCCAUCUUUCGUCAGCUGCUGAUCUUCAGCAAAUUCGCCUGUGCACCGCCCACAUUCCAGCAGAAUGUGGAGCACAGCAAAUAUGGCAAAUCGGCCAAUCUUUAUGCGAAUAAUGCCUCUGUCGAGGUGGUCAGCAUGAAUUAUAUACCGUUUGGCGAAAAAUCCAUUAGCAUUUGUGUGAAGCUAUACCAAAGUACAGCCACCGAGGAGUCGGUGGUGCAGGAGCAGAUAUUGCAUGACAUUGUCAAGGCGCUGCGCACUCCGCUGGCCAUGAAGUACAAGUGUCUUUCCUCGAGUACCUGGAAGCUGGCCAUAUCCAGCUUGAUAAGCGUAUUGCACACUGGCUUAAAAGUGGCGCGCGCUAAGCCGCAACAUUUUGCUAGCCUGUGGGACGAUUUGGCCGAUACACUUGACAAAUUUCUGUUUCCGGUCAGUGUGUGCACCAUCGAGGAUCGCGGUCUCGAGGAGAUCGUGCUCGAUGAGACCAUAGAUUGUCAGGUGAUUGAGCUGCUGCGCGAUGAGGUGUUGCCCUUUGCACACGAGAUGCCGCAUCAGUUCAUCAUGCAAAUUGUGGUCUUGUUGAACAAAGGCUCCAUUCACUCGGCUUCGGAUAGCAACAUUUGCUACGAGUCUGACUGGAAACUGCGUGAAAUAUUUGCCAAAACCUGUUUCGAGACACUGCUGCAAUUUUCGCUGCUGGAGGAUCAGACCACGGCUACAGCAUGCAACAAUAAUCGUCUGAAUGCCAAUUUAUUGAGCACUGGUGCCCCAGGAGCGGUCAAUAAGGACUUUGCCGGGCGGCUGGCUGUGACGGCGCUGCUUCAUCGUUUUCAAGAGGUGCUCAAGCGCUUUAAUGACGAUGAACGCCAAAGUGGAAAGUGCCCGCUGCCCAGGUUUCGCCUUUCGGAAAUUUCCUUUGUGCUAAAAGCUAUUGCAACACUUGUCGUAUCCAUGAAGAAAGCGCCAGCAUCCAAAGUUAAUAAGCCCGCCUGGGAUUUACUGAUCGGCCUGUAUCCCUAUUUGGUGGACUGCACCACAACCACAUCGCCCGAGGUAUCCCGUUCGUUGCGAGAGGCUUUGCUGCAGUACACGGAUCUGCUGCAGGCGCCCAGCUACGUCAAGGACAAUGCAAAUCAAUCGAAUGGACAGCCAUGAAGCAGAAUGAAGUGAAUUGAAUCGUUUUUAGUUUAGGUCAAUGUCCUUUUGAAUAUAUUGCUACAUUGCAUGAUU